GUUUCUAUCUUGUCGGUCCUUUCGCGCCUUCGCGCCCUUCGCGUCUCCUCUGAACUCUGCUCCACAAUAAUCUGCGCCACAAAAAUGUGCAAAACGCCGAGGUCGGCGCUACAACCAUCUUGCCUGACCGGCGAGCGCUCGGAGAGCUCGGGGACGACCUAGAGCUCGCGGCAGGUGAUAGUACAAGAAAAUAGAAGUUAGGGUUAGUAUAAUGAAGUUCACCGCGGCGCUCUUCGUGGCGCUGGUGAUGGCCGUGGCGUCGGCCACCAAGCCUCCGCUCCGGUCGCCUCGGUCGGAGGUCGGCGGCCCGCCCAGCCCAGCCCCAGCGGCGGCCCUGCCCCAGCUGCUCCAGCAGCCCCAGCAGCCCCAGCAGCCCCAGCUGCCACAGCUGCCCCAGCAGCCCCAGCUGCCACAGCUGCCCCAGCAGCCCCAGCAGCCCCAGCUGCCCCAGCCGUGGUUCCUUGACAUGGACGUGGCACUGGGGCUGGAGCUGGUGGCGGAGAAGGAUGAGGAGCCGGCUCACUGGAGCCAGCCUGUGGGUGGCGACGGUGCACUGCACGGUGUCGUCCAGGCCGCUGCUGCAGCUCAUGACGCUGCCGCUGCCGCCCAUGCGGUGGCUGUCCUGGAAGCUGAUGAGGCCGCUGCGGCCGCCGAGGCCGCUGCUGCAGGCCCGGGCCCAUCUUCGGGCAAUUCGGCCGCUGCUGCUGCUGCCGCUGUCGCUGCCGCUGCCGCUGACCGCCUGCUCAGCCUGCUCAGCCUGAACCUGGGCGGUAGCGGCAGCGGCAGCGGCAGCGGCAGCGACAGCGGCAGCAGCAGCAGCGGCCGAAUUGCCCGAAGAUAAGGCACACCUCUGCGAUAAGGCGCUCAGGGCGCUUGAGAAGGACGGCCAGAUGGCGGAGGACGCAGACCUUGACAUCCAGUACACGACCGUGCUUGGCCGCAAGUGCCCCGUGGAGCCUCCUGCCGCGCACCAGAGGAGAGCGCAGCACCUGCCGCCGAGGGCGAGGGCCGUGAGCGUCAUCGUCGAAGAAAGGAAGGGGCGUGGCCUCUAAGGUGCUUUAAGCACAGGGCAUUGGAUGAGCAUUGUGCCAGGUUAAGCUCAGCAGCAGGAACGACUCAAGCCGACGACUUUGUGUUAGACUAUGAUGUGUCGAUAGGCCGUCGAUGCAGCACCGGGCGCGGCAGGCUGCAGGCGAGUGAGGGGGUUGCGUGCGUGUACAACUGGAGCGGGAGUGGGUGCGGGCCGGCGGCUGCGUUCAUCCGAGCCUGGGGCGGAUGAGUGGCGGUGCGUGCGUUCAUACCAUCAGCUUCGGUUUGGUGGCAAUUGGCAAAGUUCUGU